UUUAUAUGUUUAUAUAUAUAUUUAUUUAUAUGUUUAUAUAUAUAUUUAUAUAUUUAUAUAUAUAUAUUUAUAUAUGUAACAUUGAUGUGUGUGUGUGUGUGCGCAUUGAUUUUGUGGAUAUGGACACUAAACACUUGAGCAGUUUUAUGAACUCCUUAUUACUAUAGCAACAUCAAAAGUAAACGUUAGAUGUAUAAUUUGUAUUUAUUAGUCUUGAUCUGUUAAUCAUUUGUUCACUCUCGUUCAACUCCCCUACAACUUACUAUAGUGAGGGAUAAAUGUGGAAUAGGCUGCAACAAUCUGUUUAUGACUUCUUAAUAGCAAGUUAUGGAGGAAUCAUAUGGAAGUCUGAUUUCACUGGCAAACAUCUAAUGUAUUUGAUCAGUUUGAUCAAGUACCCAGUAGAAGAGAUUAAUGAGACAUUGAUAUCAACCCUGAUUUUCAUUUUCUAUUUUUACCUCCACAAAGUGUUCAUUGGAUUUAGAAAUCAAGAACAAUGAAAAUAGGACACCAUUGCUUGAAGCCGUCUCCAGGGGUCACCUCGGAAUAAUGCAGAAAGUGAUAGCCAGGCGUGUGAAUGUAAAUGUUGUCGACAAUGAAGGCAAUAAUUGCCUGCACCUGGCCUUACACAAAGAUGCAUUCUUUCAUUCUGAGGUGGAGCCCAUGGCCAUCUUAGAUACGUGUGCCUUUAAGCUCUCUCUGGACCUGAAAGACAGGACUUGUAAUGUUGUAGUUGCAAGCUCCCUAUUUCAUUUUGGAGCCAACUUUUACCAGAAAAAUAUGGAGAAUAAGACUCCAGUGGACCUCAUCAUGGAUGAAAAUCUGAAAGAAAAAUUAACAGCCAUUUUACCACCACUAUGUACAUAUUGUAAAACUAAUUUCGCUUCCAAAUUCCAACCGUGUCAACAUAGUGUCCUUUGUAGUGAGUGUCAGAUCUGCAUUACAUGUGAAACAUGCCCCACUUGUCAACAACCAGUCUUUGGACCAGGAGAAUUUGAGUCUCAAAAACUGGAUGGGAAGCUUCUUCAUGGAGCAGCAAAGAAGUUAGGAAGUCAAUGGCAGCAAGUUGAUGCUCCAACGUUUGGGAAGUUCACCAAGUUGUCGCAGCCUAAGCCUUCCACAUCGCAGCCUAAACCUUCUGCAUCACAGCCCGAUGAAUCCCUAAACCUGGGUAAGGAGCAUCUUCAUAAUGUAGCAAAGAACAUAGGGAUUAAAUGGCAGCAAGUUGGAAGAGAAUUAGGAAUUAGACAAGCUGACCUGGAUAUUAUCCGGCAUGAUUACCCUUAUAAUGUUGUAGAACAAACUUUCCAGAUGCUCCAUAAAUGGUUUCAGAGUUGUGAUCCAGCGAAACGUACACUUGGAACUUUAAAGGAAGCUCUUACUGAAAUGGAGUGUUUCAAUGCUCUUGAACACCUAUCGUCAGACGUAAACUGAAUUUCUGUGUAAAUUGUCACUGUUGUCCAGCCCCAAGUCUACCUUUGACAAACAGAGAUCUACACGCAAAUGCCAUCCGUCCAGGACCAUCCUGUCUCUUUCCUAAAACCACAUUAUCUAACGUAUCCUUUAAGGUGAUAAGAUGUGAAUUGAGUAGGAUUCGGCUACUAAUUCUAGCAAAUUUGUCUACUACAUGGAGACUCCUUUUUCUUAGAGAUUAACCUUUGGAAAUGAAGAUAAACUUUGAAAUUUCA